AUUAUUUUUGCUUUCCUGCGUCGGGCGGCGCUAAUUGUCGCGUUGACCUCGGCUGGGCCGCCCCUGGUCGACCUUUCUUCUAUACUGGCCGCUGGUGCGGUAACCGCGCCGCAUCCUGCGUCACUCACACACACACUGCUUGACCGUGAAAAAACACAGACGCGUGGUGGUGCGCUGUGUGUACGGUGCUUGACUGGUUUGUUGCGGUGUGGAGGACUGACUGCGUGCGGUUUUUAUCCCGCGGUGCCAUCGACCUUCCGUCGACCGUGUGUGUUGGUGAGAAGUUUCCAUGGAGCUGUCGACGACGUCCAACCAAACCGUCGUGGACCUCGAGGCCCCCGCCGACAAGACCGACCAGGAGCUGCUCAGGAACGGGGGCACCGACGCGAGCACACUCACCGACGACGUCUCCUCACUGCAAGGGAGCCAGAGCGUCGCCAAGAAGUCUCGCCGCUCGGUCGCCUCCCUCCUGGUGGUCUUCCUCGACGCCCUGGUGCCGGCCAGGACCCUGGUCGAGCUCGCCACCGAGGUCCUGCUGGCCGCACUCGCCGUCUACGUCAUCCUCUCCAUCACCGGGGCCUUCCAGGUGGGCUCCAGUCCCGGAAUGUGGCGCCCCGCCUUCCGCUGCGACGAUCCGAGCUUGCAGUCGCCGUUCUUGGCCGAGAGCGUUCGUACCCGCGACCUCGCCAUCUUCGUGUUCACCCUGCCGCCAGCCAUGCUGCUCGUGUUGGAGUUCCGACGUAGCGGCGCUCCGCUGCGCGACCGCUUCUUCUGGAGCGGCCGCAUGCUGCGUCGCUACCUGGUCGGGCUCUUGUUGGUCACCACGGCAACGCAGCUGCUGAAGGACGCCGUCGCCGAGAAGCGCCCCUACUUCUUGGACGCCUGCAAGCCCGUCUUCCGGAACCAGCGCAAUGCCACUCUCCUGUGCCAAGCUUCAAUGGUUGCCGUUCUUCCAACCGUGACAACAGCUUCGCCAUUGAUUACAGACUACGUCUGCAGCGGUCCUCCGAGAGACGUGAUACGUGCCUUCGACUCUUUCCCAUCGGGCCAUUCGAGCGUCAGUUGUUUCGUCGGAUUCUUCCUCGUUGGAUAUCUCGUGUGGAGGGGCGACGCCGUGGCACCGGCGGCAGCCCGUGUGCUUCUCGUGGCGUUGCUGAUCGCUUCCGCCGUGGCUGUGUCGCUGUCGAGGAUCGUGGAGCGAAUGCAUUUCUGGUGGGAUGUGGGUGUCGGCGGAGCUCUGGGUCUUGUCACAGCCGUGGUGUUUGUCCUGUGGCCCUUUUCCUGAUGCUUGUUUCAGCACGACCCGAAGAAAGGGUCGUCUAGCGAUUCGUCGAGCUUCGACCUGUGAGCAAUGUCAUUUGGGAUGGGUUCCUACGUUCUGCAAGUUGCGGCCAAGACUGAAACGACACUGCUACUGUUAUAAUUAUGCGAACCGAAUUUCAUCUGUGCAGUUGCUGCACGUGCACUGCCAGUGCAUCAUGUUUCUCACUGUAGAAUUUGUUACGCGUUGUGCAUAGCACGAAGCUUACUUUUGUUCUCAUUUAUGCUUUUGUAGAAACACCAAGUGAACAGAUGCUUGGUACUCGUAGGUAACCAUCUCGUGGAAGCAUGGUUGACAUUCAUAAUGUGCGAGUGUUGUUUGAUGUCUCUAAUAUACACUGCACAAAUCGUUGUGGCAAGUUCUGUCAGAAUUUUGCUUAUGUGCUGAAUAUCAUGCCGGUUAAAAGUGCAUUUGCUUGCUUUAUCAUUUCUUAUAUCCUCACACUGCCUGCAUAACAGAUGUUGAGAAAGACUUUAUUCUACAGACUAGUCUUUCAAUGAGCUAAUAUGUUGCUUACCAGCUGUAAAAGUUUCGAAUCUUUUUCUAGAUAAGGAAUUGUUUUCAGUGUAAAUGCUAUCACCCACGGAAAUUAAUUUUGGACUGAAACUUUUACAAUGUUAGGGACCAUUGCAAAUCAUUAUUGAAUAGCUGGUGUUAUGACUAUUUACAGAAUUUAGGUAGAAAAGUACAAAUAGACCAUUUCACUAGAAUUUUUUCAGUGCCUAACAGGGAUUGGUGGUUGUGAGAAUAUUUUCAAUGCACUUAUGCCGCUGCGUUUACAUGUAUUGAAUGUUAACAGUUCUAUGGCUUUAACAAGAUCACAAUUUUAACUGGGGAUGACAUGAGUAAAGAAAGUUCACUAAGUGCAAUAUUUUACACAGAUCAUGCUUUAUAUUCCACACAUUCCUAUUGGAAUUGAUAGGGGCCAAAAUAUGUCUGCACGUCCAGAGAUUAUUAUACACUUCUCAAGUUUGAGUUCCUGGCUUUUCAUAAACUCUACACGCCUGUUUCACUUCGUAAGCCUUCUUUCACGAAGUCAUCAACGGUCUCAUGUGUUCAACACCUGAUCCAGAUCCACUGGGCUGAGUUGCCAAGCGUUCUUUUCUAAGCUGAACUUGGCCGUGAUGCAUUUUUUUUUUACUGUCAGGCAUUCCUGUACUCCACAGAGCUUAAUGUAUUCUCCGUUACUCUGCUUGCAGACGUUGGUAUUGUGGCUCUUCCGAAGCAGGUGUGUUUGAAGUGCCAAGAUAUGCAAUUCAUGUUUGUAGAGCAUCUAUUUUAGAUGUACUAGUCUUACUCACGCAAGUAUAGUUGAACUAGACCUGCUGUAGAGUUCACAGAUUCUGAUGUUUUUUGCAGCACUGUACAUAGCAAUUACAUUUUUGAAGAGAUAUUUACCAUGUCCAAUGCAGCUGUCUAGAAGCCUUACACUUUUGCAGUUGCUUUAUAGUUAGAUGUUUAUGCAAAUGCCUAUGUACACCAGCUCAAAUGUUUUAUGCUCGUUGAAUGAGAAUAUUUUUCUGUUCGUAGAGGCAUCAGAUUUGGUGUCGGGGACAAAACAUUCACUUGUUUAAUGUAACCAAUUUUUCUUGAAUUUUUUAAUGCAAUCAACAGUCUAAGCCAAAGAAUGAGUGAUGUCUUUGGCAAACAGUGUUUCAUAACUCGGCAUGGAAGUAUUUUUUUAAGCUUGUUAAACUACAGCAUUUACAUUUUGGAAAUUGUUUUCGCCUUAUCGAACAAUGAGAAUUAUGAGACAAUCUUAUACAUGAACAUAUUCGUUGUGGCCACAAUUCGUUUAUAGUGAGCUUAAACUUUUUGAUUCCACUUUACUAGAUUUUCGACAUUUUCUAGCACAGCAUCAUGAAUUCAAUAUAUAUUGCAGAAGUUGAAAUGGCUGAUGUGCCUGAAAAAAAAAUACGCUGUGUGAUUGAUGUUUGUUAUUGUAUCUGUUGCUAAUAUAUACAAAUGUCUGCAAUAAACUGUUUGUAUGCUCAUUUCUAAGUGCCUACACAACAACACUCAUGGUGUGCGUCAUCGAAGUAAAACAGUGUUUGCUCUUAAAUCAAUCCACGAUGCCAAGAUGCAUGUAGCACCAUGCCUUUUUCACAUGUAGCUUGCAUAGGGCAUACUCCGCACAUUUUCUUUUUGACUCUGAGUGUGUAUGUUCAUGCAUAGCGAUUGUCAUAGUCAACAAAGUAUUAGUAUAUUGCAGGGUUAAUUCUGAUGCAGUGUUCAAUGUUAAAGAUAUGCAUGGUUUUAUUGUUCCUGUCCUUUUGUAUGGCAGGUGUGUUGAAGAAACUACCAAUGUAACACUGUUUCUCAUAUUGCUGCCUAGUCAAUAAACAUGAUUUGGUGUUAGCAAAA